CACCAGGCGUUGUUAGUGUAUGGACAAACGAGGAACUGUUAACAUUGAAAACAAAGUCAAAAUGCUGGGCAUCCAUGAAGAAGAUAUUGGCUUGACCAAAAAGCAAAGGGAGAGAUUCCAUCAGUUACUGGAGGAAUUAAACCGAUCAGCUAAUGCAUGUCAAAUAAUGCAGCUAGAGCUUGUGAGAAACCAGCUAGAGGCAAGAGGUCUGUCGCCAAGCGAUGUGCGGGACUUAACCUUCGCUUUGGCAUCGCCUGCCCAUGAAAAUCCGACGAAUGCAGAUAUUCUAGAGAGCGAUCGGUUUCUUUUGGCGCGAUUUAACGCUGCCAUAAAACUUGUGUCAGAAACUGCCUCGAGCUUACAUGACAUUAAUCUGCUGGAUCAAAGCAUUUUACUCAGGCGGAACCUUGAGAACACGACAAUAGCAAUCAAGAAAACGUUAUUGUCGAACAGCAUUGAGCCCCAGCGAAUGCCUGCUUUUAGAGGACUGGAACAAGCUUUGGACGAGGAAACAAAAAGCUUCCUGGGGAUGGAAACUGAAAGGUCAACCAGUGACAGUACAGACAACAUGGGUCAUGUAAUGCUGUGUAUUGUCAGAAACACAGGAAUAUUGCAGGACAUGAAAGAAAUGCUGAUAAAGCUAGCCAAUCACAUAGGCUACAUGAUCAAGUCACUGUGAAAUGGACUACCUGUGGUACUUUGACACAGGUUUUCUGAAAAAGAGAGAAUUUAUUAAUUUAAUAUAAUUUAUUAUUAGUGUUAUUGUUAUUGUUAUUCACAUACAGGAAUUUAAAAAAACCUUAGAUACAUGUAUAUUAUAUAUUUAUUAUUUAACAAAUAAAUACUGUGUAUUUUAUAUAGUCACGAAAUUUAAACUGUAGUCACAAACAAAACAGUAAAUAAUGAAAUAUAUAUUUAUAGAAAUGUUAAAAAAGAAAAAUAUUAUUCUGUGAAUUUAAUGGUUGUCAUUAUUAGAUUAUUUUUUAGAUAAUAAUGAAAUAAUGAAAGUGCAUAUGAAAAAGAUGAAAAAUGUCAUAAUUUAUAUAUAUUUAUCUAAGUAUACAACUAUCUAUGUAAAUAAUAAAAAUUUAACCCAGAAAAAA